GAGAGGGUGGGGCAGAGCAGGAAAAACAAAACGCUCUCCCACACCCCAGGCAGAGGGUGAGGUCUCUGCAUUCCUGCAGCGCUGGAGCAAUUUCACGUUCGCGGGACAGGCCGCCAUCACAGGGACCCUCGCGGGACACCCCAGCUGUUCUCUCUGGGGGAGGAGUGCUCGGAAACCACUGGAUACUAGUAUCACAGCGGAGCUCAUAGUUGGGACGAGUAAUGAUGGCGUCAGCAGGUGAGCUGGAGCACAAGGGGUCGGACCUGAUGUCACUGAAGCCAGAGUCCUGGACUCAGGUUAGCUGUCCCUGUUGCCAUAGUGACCAGGUGGAGCCCCUGGUUCUGAUCAAGCUGGGUCCAAAAAUCACGCCUGCCACUAAGAAGUGGAUAAUCUCCCGGAUCGAGGCCCGAGAGACAGAAGGAGGGGCACAUCUGCUCGCCCACCCUGGGGAAGACAGCGAUGGGGACAUUAUCUUGGUUGCAGCUCCACGCUGCACUCUCCUGCGCGUCACGGAGGAACUGGGCCUCUGCAAGCCCUACGACGAUGGCAGCAUGGCUGCCUUUUCCUGCCACGACCGUGACAGCUUCAAGAAUGUUGAUAACAUGCAGGAGUUCUUGACAGCGGCAGAGCGGCAGUACAUUGUGAAGUAUGAACUGGAUUCUCUGCACGUUCGGAAAGACCAGCACGUUCCAGGAAUGCCACUGUCCAAGGGACUUCUACGGGCCAGAGAGAGCAUCUUUCAGAAGUUGCAGAAGAUGGGGGUAGUGCGGUCCAUCUUCCCUCUCCAUGAAAAAAGGAGCCUGGAUGACUUAGCAAAGAACUGGUACACCAAGAAGCAACUCUGGGGCCAGCCUCUAGAUUCUAUCAAUGCAUACUUUGGUGGUCCAGUGGCAUUCUACUUCAGCUUCCUGGACUUCUACACCUGGUCCCUGGUGCUUCCUGCCUUCCUGGGCUUGGUCCUGGCAUUUCUGCCUGGAGGCGAGCCUGUGGGUGGGGCUGAGGCGAAGCAGGAGGCGGAGGAGGACGAGGAGGGGCCCUCAGUUCGAGGCCUCGCAGUGCAGGCGGUGUUCAGCAUGCUGUGGUCCACGGUGGUCAUGGAGCUGUGGAAACGGCGGAGCUCCUCCCUCUCCUACUACUGGGGGACCCUGCAACUGACAGAGCGCUUCGCCGAGCCCCGGCCCGGUUUCCACGGCACCAUGGGCUACAGCCCAAUCACGGGCCGGCUGGAGCCCCUCUUCUCGGAGUGGCACCGGAAGCUAAGAAUAGGGCUGGUCUCCGUCCCUGUGGUGGGUCUCUUCCUGGGGAUGGUGGUUCUGGGCAUUGCCGGGUUCUACUCCGGUGAGGCGCUGGUGCAGGGCCUCCACGCCGAACGCGGCUCCAUACUGACGGCCGGCCUCCUCUACGUGCCCUCCCUCGUUCACAUCCUGUACGUCAACGUGCUGGGAAGCGUCUACAGCAAAGUGGCGCUGCUGCUGACCGAGUAUGAGAACCACAGAGAGGAGUCCGCCUUCCAGAAUCACCACACCGCCAAGACCCUUUUGUUCACUUUCUUCAACUACUUUGCCAUAUUGUUCCACAUCGCCUUCUUCAAGCAGCGACUUGCACACAUUUGUCGAUCAGGCAGGCUGUCCUCUCUGCUGAUUGUGACCCAGGUGAUUGGCCAGUGCACAGAGGUUCUGGUUCCGUACCUGGUAGACCGCUUCAUCAGCUCUUCGGAUAAGAACCUGCAGGAAGAUGACCCAGAGGUGGACCGCAUAAGAGUGCAGAUCGGUCUGCCUCCAUUCCCUGGCCUGUUUUCUGAGUACAUUGAGCUCCUCGUGCAGUAUGGGUACCUGAGUCUUUUUUCGUGCGUGUACCCCCUCACUGCCGUCUUCCUGCUCAUCAACAAUGUUACUGAGAUCCGCACUGAUGCCUUCAAGAUCUGCAGACUCUUCCAGAAGCCCUUCUAUGCCCCUGUCUCCAGCAUGGGGGUGUGGCAGGCUGCAUUUGAGAUUCUGGGCUUUGUCUCAGUCAUGUCCAAUUGCUGGCUACUUCUGCUGUCUCCACGAGUCAAACACUUCUGCCUUGAGGGUGGCUUCAGCAGUCGAAAUGCCCUGCUCUUUGCCAUCCUGGUGGAGCACGUCCUGAUCCUGAUAAAGAUGAUUCUGGCCUUUGUGAUCCCGGACGAGCCAGACUGGGUCAGAAGAAAAAGGGAUGAGAUUGAGUUCCGCUCCCUGCAUGCCCUCAAUGAACUGAAGCCGUGAUGGCACCAAGAUCGGAUGUGCCCUCGGGAAUGCACCCUGACCCAGCACCAAAAUGAAUCGGGUAGGCGCAGGGAGGAGUAGAAGGGAAGUUUGAAGUUAUACAGGCAACGCCAGUCGAGGCUCUGUAACCUGGAUUCCAACACAUCGCCCUCUGGAGGACACAUUAUGUCACUGCCUGGGAGGACCAGAAUUUCCAAAUGAGAGAAAACAUUCCUGAAGCAAGACGUCCUGCUCAGAGGAACCUCUGAUAGGAGAAAUAAAUAAUUUAUUCCGUUUUAUCUUCAGUUUCUUUCAGCUGAAAUUCUAAAAUUGCACACAAAUUUUAGACUUACACAAAUGGUGUAUAAAUGCGUAGAAUAAGAAGCAAGUACAAUCUAACUGUAUAUGCAUCGAAUAUGGUAUUUAUUGCUUCAGGAAAUGCCACUGCUGUGACCUGAUCCUGUCAGUACAGCACAGAUCAGGGCACCAUUUAAGGCAGCGUGUUUACAGCUGAAAGUAUUGUCACCGCAAAUGUCUGUCACUAGGGCUGAACCACAGGUACUAAGACAUCCAGGGCCAGUUUCACAGACACGGAUUGAGCCUAGUCCUAGAUUAAAUUCAACUUUGAAUUGGGAUUCUCCAUACAAAACUCAAUUUAGUCCGGGACUAAGCUUAAUCUGUGCCUGUGAAACCGACCCCAAAUGUUUUUUGCCAAGCGCACUUAUUUGAGAUGACCGAUUAAACCAUGUGGUUGAAUCUUGUACUUUUUUUUGUAUGGUACUCCUAAGGCCUGUAGUCAUGGGUCCAUAUACGUAACAGCUGCAAACUUACAUAAAUGUGCUGAACUACUGGAUUUGGUAUAUUCUCUCUGUCUGUAUUCUCUCUACAUGGCGCUGUCUCUCUAAAACAGCCCCAUGCACACAUACAUACACUUUAUGGUUGAAACAAUUAAAUAAAUGUUAAAGUAAAAUA